ACUUCUAAUAAAAAAUUCAGCCCUACCGACUAAUAGAUUUAGAGACAAUGGGAGAAACGAAUAGCGUCGGCAAGACAGGUAUGAUGGGCGAUUGGAGCAGGACAAGCCGGCUGAAGCAUCUGUAUCAAAAUCUCCGGAUCAUUGAUUAAUUUAAAUUAAGAAUUAAAAAAUGGCAGCGUUUUCGAUAUGCUGCCAUUAAUGGAUACAAUUGAUUCGAUGAUAAUCCCGGCAAUAACUCCUCCAUCUCGAGAAUGGCAGAUUGGGAAAUGAAGAAAUGUUGCAAUCAUGAUCAACUUGUUUUCUUGAUUACUACUGCUGUUUGUACUAUUCUCAUUCUUGCGUUAUGGAGGACUGUACUACUAUUGCCUUUUAAGCUCGUGACUGUUUUCCUUCAUGAAGUAAGCCAUGCUAUUGCCUGCAAACUUACUUGCGGCCAUGUGGAGGAGAUGCAAAUACAUGCAAAUGAAGGUGGCAUGACAACGACACGCGGUGGUGUUUAUUGGUUUAUCUUGCCCGCUGGAUAUCUUGGUUCAUCAUUCUGGGGAAUGGCUUUAGUACUUGCAUCAACAAAGCUUUUGACUGCUAGAAUUGCUGCAGGAUGUUUAGCCCUUGCUCUAUUUGUCGUCCUUUUUGUUGCCAAAAAUUGGACACUACGUGGAUUAUGUAUCGGGUUCAACAUCUCUCUCAUUGUUAUUUGGGUCCUCCAAGAAACAACAAAGAUACGGAUCCUUCGUUAUGUGAUCAUGUUCAUUGGUAUAAUGAACAGCUUGUUCUCGGUUUUUGAUAUCUACGGUGAUUUAAUCUCUCGAAGGGAACACACGAGCGAUGCAGAGAAAUUUGCUCAAGAAUGUCCAUGCAUUUGCAAUGGCGUUGGAUGGGGUAUCAUUUGGGGAAUGAUAUCACUUUUGUUUCUGUGUAUAUCCAUGUAUUUAGGCCUUGUAAUCCUGUCUUCAGGUUAAGGGGAAGAGACCGAAUGAACAAAUCCUGCCUAGUGUCACUUGAUUUGCUAUUCUUUUUGCAGAUCCCGUACCAUGAAUCAGAAAAAGCAAAUUGUAGUCGGCUUUUGGCUAUUUCUUUCUUGUUUUGAGCAAAUCGCAUAUUCAAAAAACGAAUCAAUUGAUGAAUUAUGUCACACGGAGCCCUCCUCAAAUUGAUAAACUACUAUUAUCCCCCUUAUUAAAAAGCAGAAAAGGAUAAUUUAAUACAUCAUUCCAUUGUAAUUUUUUAUGGAUUCAUAUUGAAAGCGUGUUUGGUUUCCAUUUUUUGAAGGCCACAAACGGAAACACAUAACUUAAUUCGUUACAUAUUGUUUGUUUUGACUCCAAAGUAAUCGUUUACGUUACUUUUAGGAAAUAGAAACUUGUAUUUUGUUGCCAUUCAUAAUAGUGUUGUAAGAAUUCGGUUACCCC